UAUAUAUAUAUAUAUAUAAAUUUACCGCCCUGGAGAUGAGGCAAAUGAAGUUAUUUGGUAUUUGACCAAACUUCCUCGAAUUGAUAUCGUGUAUAUUUCGAAUAUGAGUCUGCCAUUUUUUCACCGAUCCGAUGCAAUCUGUCGGUCGAACAUGUUAGUGAUAAUUAUUUUAAGAUAACCUCUUAGCGAUUAAAUAAAAGAAGUGAUGAAACCUUAGGACAAUAAGACGCGUGAAAGAGGCAGGAAAUAAGUUCUUUCGUUUAGUCAAAUCGUGAGAUGUAAAAUUAUUGGGCAUGAAAUAUUUGCGAGAACUUAGUUUGACGAUUACUUCGUAGCGUGUUAUCACGAAGUUGGUAACACUUGGAAGUUAAUGACCAAUAAAUAUGAUGAUUAUUUAAAAAUGGAAAAUAGAGAGCUGUUGCGAUCUUUUUCUUCUAUGCGAAGCAGAAAUUACAUUACGAGAAAUUAAUGCGAGAAGUUUGAACAAAUCAACUGGUUACUUUCGUCAUUCUGGUCAAUCAUUAUUCUCGUAUGCUUCUAAUUUCUAUUUUUGAUAAUUAAUGUUCAAGCGGAGAGGGCGAGCAACAAUAGUGUUCCGUUCGCGCUUUUUGUUUGUAAUUCUAUCUGAUGCGCAUGCGCAACAGUUGACGCCAUCUAUAUAAUAGCAAGUAAAUGACUGUGAGUGACGUAGUGCAAACGUUUGCAAAGUUGGGGGUGGAUCGUAGCGUGCGUGCAGAAUUUAUAUCUUCUUUUUUUUCAACAUUUCUGACCGAAAAGACUUUUGAUUUUUAUUCAGUUGAGUAAUACCUCGUGUCUAUUACCCGAACUAUAAGAAAAUUUCAUUGAAAUGUCGAUUGGAGUACCGAUAAAAGUACUCCACGAAGCGGAGGGACAUACCAUAACCUGUGAAACAAACACUGGCGAGGUAUAUCGCGGCAAAUUGAUAGAAGCCGAAGAUAAUAUGAACUGUCAAAUGCAGAAUAUCACUGUAACGUACAGGGACGGCCGAGAAGCGCAAUUAGAAAACGUUUAUAUCAGAGGUUCAAAAAUUAGAUUCCUUAUAUUACCGGACAUGUUGAAAAAUGCGCCAAUGUUUAAGAGACCGGGCGGGAAAGGCUCAGGAACUGCCGGCAGAGGGAAAUCUGCGAUUUUACGUGCACAAGCUCGUGGAAGAGGUAGAGGACAGAACCAAAGAGGUAGAGGCACAGGCUCUGCACCUUGGUUGAAUCAACAGAAUCAACCAGGAGGAUCCCAGACAGGAAGAGGACGAGGUUAAAAUGUACAACAGAAAACGUACAUUAAGAAGAACAUAGAUUAAGGAAAAGAUGAUGGACGUACGACCAAUCUUUGUAUACACACGUACAAGCGUGCGUGAAAGAUAUUUCUUUCAUUCUGAUUAGAUACAAAAGUAUUAAAGUAAACGAAUAAACCAUUUUUCCACACGUAACUUCCAAGAUAUGUUCUCAUUGUAUUUUUAUACAUUUCCCACAAUAAAAAAAGUUGCAAUAA